AUGCCCCCGACUCUGAACCUCAAUAGCCCGUCCAGAGACGCCUCCUCCUCCCACGUCUUUACCAUGUAUUCCAACACUUCACUCACCCGUAUUUUUCCAUGACCAACGGAUGGCUAACGAAGAUCUCUGUCCCCCAGACGGCCCGCUACAUCCGCAGGCUCACACAAAACCUUUCUCCGGCUAACUCUUCACCGAACGGCUCUCUCAGCGCUUGGUGUCAAGUCUGGCGAACUCUGUCAGGUUUCUACUAUUGGGACUAACGGCGAGAAAGCUUUCCCAGUCAUCGCUUGGCUGUCGUCUGAUCCACAUGUGCAAAGACAUGUUGCGUUAAUAUCGGACAGUGUGAAGACGCUGUUGGGGGCAGGGUAUGAGGACAAAGUGCGUGUUGAGAAGUAUACCGGAAAGGUGAUUGAUGCCGCAAGGGUUGCGGUGAAAGAGGGGGAUGGGAUGUCUAUGGUGGAGGAGGGAUGGAAGUGGUAUUUGGAACAUAUUUUCGGUGAGUGCCCGUAAGAUAUACACGGGAGAUUAAUAGGACUGAUGAGGGGCCUAGUCGAGUUAAAAUAUAUCCAUGAUAAUUUGAGUAUUCCGGUCAUAGAGUAUAAGGGUGCCAAAAGGCUUUUUCGAAUAGAAACGGUCAGUGGAGAAGAAAAUGCCCGGGCUGAGGAUGGACCAGCGGUGUAUAAAACUACUUUAUCCACCGCCGUUGAGAUAGCCAAUCCCUCCUCCAUCCCAUCCUCAAAGCCUGCCAUGCUCCCUGCGCCUAAGGUAGAAUCUUCAAAAGGGUCAAAUCCACAGCCCGGCUCUGCAAUCAUGAUAUUCCCCUCGAAAACCAACUUCUCGUCCAUCGGUGGCCUCGCCCCGCAGAUCACGACACUUAAGACUUUCCUCCUCUCAACCCUCCGCCAUUCACACCAUUUCACUAAACACAACCUAACUCCCCCGCGCGGAAUCCUCCUCUACGGUCCUCCCGGCACCGGGAAGACUCUCCUACUCAAAGCCAUCGCAUCCGAGAUCUCGGCUAAAUGCUACGUUUUGAACGGUAGUGUGGUAGGCAAGUACCUUGGAGAGAGUGAGGCGGCUAUUCGCAAAGUCUUUGCGGAAGCUAGGAAGAAUCAGCCGGCGGUGGUGUUUAUGGAUGAGGCAGAUAGCAUAGCGCCUAAGAGGGGUGAAGGCGACGGGAACGAAGGGAGGAUUGUUUCCACAAUAUUGACAGAGAUGGACGGAAUGGCUUAUGCGGGCAGUGAUGGAGCUGAGGAGGUGAAGCUAGUGGUUGUAGCAGCAACAAGUCGGCCGAACUCUAUCGACCAGGCACUCCGUCGACCAGGAAGAUUCGAUAGAGAGGUUGAAAUUGGUAUUCCGGACGCCGAUUCUCGUAGGGAAAUUCUUGAAAUUCUCGCUCGAGACAUAGAGUUCUCCAACGAGCAAUCCAAGGAAGUUACGAUCAAAGCUUUAGCUACCAAAACUCACGGCUUUGUGGGCGCUGAUUUAGAAGCGCUCAUUCGCACGGCCUUCACCAGCGCGCUAACGCGCCUGGAACAGGAUGACCUCGAUUUGUCAACUCUCGACCUCAAUGACCCUAUAGAAAUUUACCCCCAGCUCCUCCUCCGCGAGGAAGACAUAGACUCAGCGCUAAAGGAUGUGCGCCCAACCGCCAUGCGCGAGAUCUUCCUCGAAACUCCCAGUGUCCGCUGGUCCGAUAUCGGCGGUCAAGAGGAAGUCAAGCAGCGCCUGCGAGAAGCCGUCGAAUGGCCAUUAGCACACCCUGAGGCAUUCUCCCGUCUAGGCGGUACUCCGAGAAAAGGUCUCCUACUCUACGGACCACCCGGUUGCUCAAAAACCCUCACUGCGAAAGCAUUAGCUACAGAGGCCGGGUUGAACUUCAUGGCUGUAAAAGGCGCUGAGCUGUUCAAUAUGUAUGUUGGCGAAUCGGAGCGUGCGGUUAGGGAGGUGUUCAGGAAGGCCCGCGCUGCAAGCCCGAGUAUUAUCUUCUUCGACGAGAUUGAUGCCCUAAGUGCCAGCCGGCAUGAUGGUGGGCGAGGCGGCGGAAAGACAAAUGUGCUAACAACGCUGCUUAACGAAAUGGAUGGCAUAGAAGUUCUUAAGGGCGUGAUCAUUCUUGCUGCUACUAAUCGUCCGGAAAUUAUUGUACGUUUCCCCUUUCACGGAUCAACUGGUCUCCAAGACACUUAACACCACUCAGGACCCAGCCCUCCUCCGCCCCGGCCGCCUCGACACAAUCCUCUACGUCGGGCCUCCGGACCUACCCGCCAGAGAGCAGAUUCUUCAGAUAAAGACCGGUAAAAUGACCAUUUCCACAGACGUCGACCUCAGCCAUCUCGCCGAAGCCACAGAAGGCUUCUCGGGCGCAGAAGUGGUAAACAUCUGCGACGAGGCUAUCCAUUAUGCUAUGCGCGAGUCCUUCUCCAUCAGAGCGGUUUGUGCUAGGCAUUUCGAAGCGGCGCUGAAAAGGGCUGUCCCGCAGAUCACCACUGCGAUGUGUAAAGCUUAUGAGAGUUGGUCUGUGGGUGGGGUCAAGAAGAUAUAG